AUGGGACACCACAACCACCAUUUCUCGGGCGAUCCACAUGCGUCAAUGGGCUUUUGGGGCACACCGACAAGUGCGGCAAAUUUCUGUGAAGAGGAUUAUGCAGUUACGCGAUACAUAGCCGAGUUCAUCAACUCUCUCACCAAUCUUGCAUACAUCUACCUUGCUCUCCGGCAUCCCCGCCGCCCAGGCGCAAAAAAGGCAUUCUGGCCUUUCGAUAGCAUGGCCACCGCACUCUUCAUCCUAGGCGUUUUCUCCGGUGUCUUCCACGCCACCAUGCACCAAGCGACGCAGUUCUGUGACGAGCUCGCGAUGAUAAUCCUGGGAACCGCAUAUCUGCAGAAACUCUACGCAUCGGGGCAAUCCCCCACCAUGAGCUGGGUCAUCAGCGCCCUCAUCGUGGCCAACUCGUGCUUUUGGGGCGGCGUCUACGUCUACACGGGGAAUAUCCUGCAUCAUGUCUACAUCUUCAACACCAUGCUGGCUGUCAUUGGUGUGCGCACUUUCUAUAUGUUUUACGGCAUGGGAAGGUCCAAGGAGGAGAAGGCUAGGCUUCUGAGACGGUAUGGGAAGUCAUUGGUGAUACUCAUUAGCGGCUAUGUUCUUUGGAAUAUCGACUUGGAGAGGUGCUUUGAGUUGCGGAAGAUUAGGGGUGCGAUUGGGAUGCCGUGGUCGUGGUUAUUGGAGUUUCAUGGCUGGUGGCAUGUUUUGACGGCGGUUGGUGCCAACGAGUAUAUCCUCUUGGUUCGGGAGCUGUGCGACAGUUGA